AUGUGCAUCAUAGUUAUCAUUAUUGUACUUGCUAUAAUCAUAACAAUUUCAAUUGUUAUCGUCAAAACAAAAAAGACAAAUAUCGAAAAAGUAUCAACAACUAUUGAAACAACUACUGAAACAACAGAAAAAAUGGAAAUAAAAACAGUAUCACCUACUACAUCAACUUCAACAACAACGUCAGACACAACGUUACCAACAUCAUCAACAUCAACAACAACGUCAACAACAACAUCAACGUCAUCAACAACAACGUCAACAACAACAUCAACGUCAUCAACAACAACGUCAUCAACAACGUUAUCAACGACAACCGCGUCAGAAUCAAAAUUUAACAAAUGGAAACAAAAUGCCAUCACUGUGGCUGGUGGAAAUGGACGUGGACAAGAAUUAAAUCAAUUCAAUUUCCCUCUUCAAAUCUUUAUUGAUAAAAACAAAAAUAUUUUCAUCGCUGAUUCGACAAAUCAUCGUAUAGUUGAAUGGAAAUAUAAUGCAAAGGAAGGGCAAAUCAUCGCAGGUGAAAAUGGACAAGGAAAUCAAAUGGAUCAAUUGAGUGAUCCAUCAAAUAUAAUUGUUGAUCAACAAAUUCAUUCCAUUAUCAUUGCUGAUUGGGGGAACAGACGAGUGAUUCAAUGGUUGAAUCAAAAGCAACAGAUUCUCAUUGCGAAUAUUAACUGUUGGGGCUUGGCAAUGGAUAAAUAUGGAUUCCUUUAUGUUUCUGAUUAUGCGAAGAAUGAAGUGAGACGAUGGAAAAUGGGAGAAUACAACAACAAAGGAAUUGUAGUGGCAGGUGGAAAUGGAAAUGGAGAUGAACUCAAUCAACUCGAUACUCCUACUUUUCUCUUUGUUGAUGAAGAGCAAUCUGUUUAUGUAUCAGAUAGGGAUAAUCGUCGUGUGAUGAAAUGGAGAAAAGAUGCAAAAGAAGGAAUAGUUGUGGCAGGAGGAAAUGAUGAAGAAUGGGAUCUUAAUCAAUUGUCUAGACCUCAUGGAGUAAUUGUUGAUGAUUUGGGUCAAAUCUAUGUGGCAGAUUAUGGGAAUAAUCGAGUAAUUCGUUGGUGUGAAGGAAAAGAAGAAGGUGAAGUUGUUGUUGGUGGAAAUAGAAUAGGAAAUCAAUCAAAUCAAUUGAAUGGUCCCACAGAUUUAUCGUUUGAUGAUGAAGGAAAUCUUUAUGUUGAUGAUUAUAAUAAUCAUCGAAUUCAAAAAUAUGAAAAAAUUUGA